CGAAUAGAAAUGUAUAGCUUUCUCUCUCGCACACACUUGGAGACACUUUCGUGCACAGCUUUCAUGUCAGCAGUUUCGUGACAGAGUUUGUGUCCUCAGGUGGUGUUAAUCCUGCAUUAUCAAGUCUUUUUUUUAUCGUGUCAAAUAGCGAAAGGGCCAAAGGUUUAAGGUCUGAAGUCAAAUAGAGAGAGAGGAAGAGACUUCUAAUAGACAUCUACUAAAUAACUGCAAAUAUUUUUUUAUCCAUUAAUAGUUAUUAUAAAUUAUAUAUAAUGGAUAUUAUAUAUUAUGGAUAUAUUUGAAAUUUACAAACUGCAACAUAAUGCACAAGUUAGGUUAUAAGGAUAGUAAUGUGUUAUAAGCAGGUUUUUCAAUGUGGCAAAAAUUGUUUAACGUUUUAACAUUACCAAUGGAGACCAAAGUAACCAGUAAAACUAGUAGCCUAAAAGCUCUUUUGUUACGAGCAUGGAGAGAACGCUGGAGUGAUUUACAAUGGGGUAUUAAUAUCAAAACAAUUCUUCCAAGAGGAGUAAGUGGAGAUGUAUAUAACUUAGCUGAUUGUAUAUUGCAACAGGCAUUAGUAGGACCAGGACCCAAUCAAUUAGUAUUAUCUUAUUUAAAACAUUCGUUAAGCUCUCAGUUAGUAUCAUAUGCUGCAGUAUUGCAACGGAUAAGUAAAUAUGACGCUUUUCAUAAACCUCAUUGCAUCGUGAGUCUGCUGGAAUUCUUAGAAUCCAUACAAGUUGGUAUUACGUGUCGUGGUAAACCAGAAGAAGAUCUUCUAGCGGCGGCAGUUUUAUCCAUAGUUCAUUGGCUCCUGCAGUGUUACCUGCACACAUUAUCAAAAGCACCGCAAAAUAAUCCUCUCACUCCACAUCCAAGCGAACUCAUGGAUAAACCAGCCAGCAUCUUGCAGCAGAUGCUGAACUCGGAUUUCCUGCGUGCGAUGAUGUAUCUAGCCAAAUACGACGACGAUGAUCUAUAUAUAGAAGUUAUGAAAAAAUGUUCGGAAAUCGAAGCGCUAUUGAAGACAACCACUCUAAAGUCCGUGGUGCCAAUAGAGGAUUCUCUAAAGCAACUGUACGACUUAGAGAUUGAGAGUUUUUGCCCCGAAAAAACUCGAAUGGAAUCCAUCACUCAUUGCUUGCAACCGCUUUUUGCUGUUCAAGUGUUACUAAAUCCCAGUACCGAGACAUCCGUGUUCGUUAAUCAAUUGUUGAUGGUGCAAAGACUGAAGAAUUACACGAAUGCACGACUUUAUUGUGAGAUCAUUCGCGCUUGUUGGAUGUGCUUGCAUAAUGUAACGGGAACGUUCAAGGAAUCGCAGUGGGGAGCAUUCACGUUUCUAAAAGUACCUCUCAUAUUAAAAGAACUACACCAGGCUAAUUUAAAGAUCGGUGAGGAGAAAUAUGAGUAUUCGCAAGAUAUUCUCGAUGCAUUCGAGUUGUUGCUUCAGUUCACAUCAUUGCUCGACAUGAUGGACACCACGUGCUCGUGCAAUUGCGUGGAAUGUUUGCUGAAUGAACUGCAUAAGGUGAAUCUCGUCACGGAAAAGCAAGCGAAACACUUGAGCGCUAGAAGGGAAGGAGUGACGGCGGCUUUGCAAAAACUGGAUCCUUCUAGUACCCCGAAGUCGUCGAUUCCGAAGGUCAUUAUACGCGCGGAACCGACCUUGACCGGGAUCUUGAAGACGCUGAAUGCUGAUUACACGAAGAUCCAGGAUGCGUUGCUGAGUAUGCUGCGCGAGGUCUUAACGGGCAAUAGUUUUGAGCUGAUGCUCGCAGUGGCGACCGUGCAAGGCAAGCUUAAGAUCUUUGUCACCAGACUUAUCAAGUUCAACGAGUGCAGCAGACAGAUCAACGAGCCUGUACCUAGUAAAACGGCAGCGACGCGGGCGAUGAUGUUCGACAUGUCGUUUCUGAUGUUGUGUUCGAUAGUGCAAACAUAUGGAUCCGAUGUUGUCCUCGAGGAAGGCGGAGAUUCCUUCUUUGAGCAGUGGGUGCGCGGGUGUUUGCCGGAGCGGAACAAACCGAAAUCACCGCAGAGGAUGCUGCAGAACGUUGAUCCGACACGAGUGGACACACUGUUGGCGCAGAUCAAUUCGCCGGAUCUCGAUUUCAAGUCGGGCAACCUGAAGUGGCAUGUUGCGGGCCAGUCAGCGAUGGGUGCAGUGAAGGAGUUACUGUGUGCAUGGGAGAGUGGUGUGUUGAGCGCUGGCGAUGUCAAAAGGGCUCUGGACGGUUUGCGCGCGGCGGCAUGCUGCUUACCAGUCUGUGCCGCUGCGUGGUUGUGUGCAUACAUGAGUAUCACUCACCAGGAUGCCCUAUUAAAGCCCAUGAACAUGGUCCAACACUUCCUCACGCCACUGCCCGGUGAUGAGAUGCAGGACAAUCUUAAGGAGAGAUCUAGCUUAAUGUUCCAGAUUAUUCGGAAAAUGCAAUACGAUGUACACCCGCCUACACAGUCGAAAACAAAAGUACUCUCAAUGUCUAACAGUAUUAUAUCGCGACAACCGAUAUUAGAACAAUUGGAGUCCGUUUGGCAGAAUAUCAAUCAACGCGGAUGGAUAAACAUACAAGCCACGCAGUCUUUGGAGUCUUUAUUGAACACCGGCGGUUCCCUGUGGUUUGUUGCUAAUAUAGUCAAGGAGGUGCUUAAGUACCGCUAUCAAGAGGAACUUGAUCGUGCUGUGGAUCUGGCUUUCGCCAUUUUCCAUCUUGAUAUAGAGAACUGCACCUUGGAUCUCAUAAAUCACAUAAUACCUCAGUAUCUACAUAAUUCUUUGCAUGACGAGCUUGUAGAACCGCAGUCGUCCAUCCUUGCGAAGUUGUGCGUGUACUGCAUAUUCUCCACUCUCGAAUACAACAACUCGAAUCCGUACCGGGGCAAUAAUCGAAAACGCGUACGACACGAUUUGGACACGGAUGAAUUGGACACACUCGGCGUGCCUGCGAAUAAACUCCUGAGACUGGGCGAGACGGGCGAGAAUGUUCCCAUAUUCGGUUCGCAGAGCUCGCAGGCGCAAGGCACGAGCAAUGGAAAAAAAUCUCUCGUUUUGAAGGAGCCGCUCAUGACAGCGUUGAACAAUCUGUUCAAUAUGUUUGCCUUCCUCGCUGGCAGAGAUAGCGAAGUGUCUCAGCAAACUCACUUCAUAUUUCAGUUCUUGCGGCUCACAGUACAGUGUGGAAAGGAUAGGACUCGUAUCGUGCUGCAGGGAAUGCCACAAACGCUGGUACCUUGUCUUUUGAAAGCAUUGCCUGAGCUAUUCACCACGGACAUUUUACUAAGAUUUUACGAUAUGAGAACUAUGAUAGGACGCAAGGCAACCGCCCGAGAUUUGUGUAUGUUGCGGAAUAUAAACUUAAAACCCACGAAAUAAAUAAAACAUUUUUAAGAGA